GGACAAAGCAGCGCUCUUGAAGCCCGUGACCGAGCUGCAUGUGAAGAAUUGAGGAGCUGCUAAGCUCGCUGUCUGUUCCCCUCGUCCAUUAGGCUCGUUCACGUGUUGAGAGCUAUGGGCCUUGGCAUUUGCUCCCUUCGAGCUACCGUCCACGUACCACGCACAGGCUUAAAACUAAUGAUCAGAGAAGGGAGAGUGAAGAGGACGUUCCUUUUAAAUUAAUUCCUUUACUAAUUACCGAGAUAUUCCAGGCCGAUCUCUGCUAUUUAGACCUCUAAGUUUCCACACUUGCUCGGCGAGUGUGGUUAGGAUGAGGUGCUUUGGGGUGCUCCUUUUCCUUGUCCUCGUCCUGCUCUCGGCGUGCUCCAAUUUUGAUGGCUGCGAAGGUAAAAGGCACUGGAGGCAGAGGAAGGCUUCCUCGUCCAUGGUUAGGAAAAAGGGGAAGGAGAAGAAUGGCGGUCGGCAUGGGCAUGGUGGCGGCGGAAGAGGAGGAAGUGGCCACCUGAGUCAUCCUCCGGCGCCGAGUCCAAGCCCGGGCGCAGGCUCUCCGGAGAGUGCUGUCUUCGACGUGCUCGACUUCGGAGCGAAGGGAGAUGGUGUCGCGGACGACACGAAGGCUUUCGAGGCUGCAUGGGCUGCUGCUUGCAAGGUGGCUAGCUCAGUCAUGGCUGUUCCACCAGAGUUUGAGUUCCUCGUGGGUCCCAUCUCCUUCUCCGGGCCUUACUGUCAGCCCAACAUUGUUUUCCAGUUGGAUGGUAUGAUAAUCGCUCCAACUAACGCCAAGUACUGGGGUUCCGGACUUCUGUGGUGGAUCGAGUUCACCAAACUGAAAGGCAUAACAAUUCGAGGCAGCGGCAUAAUCGAAGGGCGAGGAAGUGCCUGGUGGUCAUACGCCGAGUCUGAUGUCGAUCCAAUACACGAUGAGCUGAGCUCGACGAACCUACCACAGAUCAAGCCGACUGCUUUGAGAUUCUACGGUAGCUACAAUGUGACAGUAACCGGCAUCACGAUCCAGAACAGCCAACAAUGCCAUCUCAAGUUUGACAACUGCGAAGCUGUUCAGGUCCACAACAUCACAGUCGCUUCGCCAAGCAGCAGCCUCAACACCGAUGGGAUCCAUCUGCAAAACUCGAGAGAUGUCAUGAUCCACCAUGCCAACGUGAGCUGUGGCGACGACUGCGUGUCCAUACAAACAGGGUGCUCGAACAUUUAUAUCCACAGCGUAAAUUGUGGACCUGGCCACGGAAUCAGCGUCGGCGGGCUCGGAAGAGACAGCAGCAAAGCCUGCGUUUCUAACAUCACCGUCAGGGACGUCAAUUUUCACGGCACCAUGACCGGUGUCAGAAUCAAAACCUGGCAGGGCGGAUCAGGGGCAGCCGAGAGCAUAAGAUUCUCGAACAUUAGAGUCUCGGAGGUCCAAACUCCGAUCGUGAUCGACCAAUUCUACUGCGACCGGAGCUCGUGCAGGAACCAGACGUCAGCGGUGGCUCUCUCAGGCGUUGCGUAUGAGAACAUAAAGGGGACUUACACGGUGAAGCCGGUGCACUUCGCUUGCAGCGAUGCCUCUCCGUGCUCGGAUAUCACCUUGACCCAAAUCGAGCUUCGACCUCUGCAAGAACAUUACCACAUGUACGAACCCUUCUGCUGGCAGACCUUUGGGGAGCUGUAUACCCCGACGGUUCCUCCGAUCGCCUGCUUGCAGAACGGAAAACCGGCGAGUAAUCGGAUACUGUCCGACCACGAUUUGUGCUGAUAUAGACCACCUGCAAGGCCGAAGGUGGUGUGUUACUGGCCUGUGCACAUUCAUGUUAAUGUGCGGUCGUUGUAAUUCUUGCGACCCCUUCGCACCAUUGCUUCAGAGUAUAUAUUUAGAGUGUUCAGUUAGCAUCCUUAUUCCUUACGACCAAGUAUAUGGAAAUAAGCCUCCGUUUCCGGCUGAUGCCAUUGAUUCUAUACGAUGUUUCAAGUAUUGGCAAAUCUGAAGGUGUUCUAAUUAUCAGUAUCGACGUAUAUGGCCGGUUCUAUA